CGUUUUCUGUUAGCAUGUUAGCUAGCAGUGUUUGUAGUCCCCGUUAACCAGCGAGUUAAAUGAAGCAGCAGCGUUAAAGACUCAUCUCUGCUCCUGUUCGACUAUUCAACUACACGCUUUAGCUGCUAUCUACUGUAUCGCAGAGAAAGUACACACUUGACAACUUUGCUGGUAUAGUCCUAUCACUCUGGAAAGAAGUGGGAUUUCAACAUGGGAGAUCGGCCGAACAACUUUCCUCCCCUGCCCCAGUUUCUAAGAAUUAAGCCAUGCUUUUACCAGAACAUCGAGGAAGAAAUUCCUGCACCUCACCAGCUGUUGGUGCGCAGAGUCUACUUGCUUUGGAUGAUGUAUUCAGGAACACUGUGCGCUAACGUGAUCUCGUGUAUUGCUUGGUGGGCCGGAGGCGGAAGUGCCACAAAUUUUGGCUUCUCCUUGCUCUGGCUUAUCCUCUUCAGCCCCUGUAGUUACACCUGCUGGUUCAGACCCCUCUACAAAGCUUUCAGGGCGGACAGCUCGUUCAACUUCAUGGCCUUCUUCUUCAUCUUCUUCCUUCAGUGCGUCUUGGCUCUCAUCCAGACUUUAGGCAUCUCUGGUUGGGGAACGUGCGGCUGGAUUGCAACAGUGAUGUUUUUCAGCACAAAUGUGGGCUCCGCUAUAGUGAUGCUUAUCACAACUCUGCUCUUCACUGUGGUGACUGCCUUAAUGGCACUGGUUCUCCUUAAGGUGCACAGACUGUACCGUGGCGGAGGCGGUAGUCUGGAGCACGCCAAGGAAGAGUGGAGCACUGGGAUGUGGAAGAGUGCACCAGGGGCGGCAGCAGGGCUCAGUGCUGUCAGUCAGCAAAACCAGGGCCCGAGUUUGCCCCAGUACCCCGCCGCCGUGCCGAAUUAUCCCAACGACAGUCAAUGGUGAUGGCAAGGAGUCACCUCUAGAUGGAGGCAGAUUACUGGCCAUAUAUAUGUUGGCCGAGACGGCACUUCAAAACACCAUAUCAAUUCAAUCUUACAUCUCAAGUUAUUUAGGCGUGUGUUUUUUAAUGACAAGACAGAAUAGACAUGAAGAGUUUUAUCUAAAGAGUUUUGUCACCACAGCUCACUAAAGCCACGUGGUAGUUCAUCUUCAAAAUAUGCCAUUCCAUUUCAGCUUUGUUUACAUAUAGUUCAUUAAAAUGAAUGACAAAUACAGUUUUAUGCUCAAAUGAAAGAUUUGUUCAGGAAAGUUUAGUGUCUUGCAGAUGCUCAGUUUGUUAUCCAGAAUGAGUGUGAACAGUUUCAGGAUAGCAGUGUGAAAAGGAUGUGUGCCUUAUGGACCUUAAUGAUAGAGUAGUUUUUGUGUAUUGCCAGAAUUGCAUGCUAGGGACUGUAGUAUGCUGAAGAACAGGGUUUCUUGUCUUUUGCAACAAGAGACUCUGAAAACUGCACGAUUUUUUUAUCUGGUAGAAUUCUUUUCUGUGUAUUGUGGCAGGACUUCAGUUUAUUUUUGAUACGUUAUGCUUGAUAUUUCCACGCUUGCCUGUGAUUUCUUGAAAUGCGCCUUACUACUACUCCUGCGUGCAGAUUUUGCAUGUGAAAAAAAUGUCUUGCUUGACUUUCGCCUUAACAAAUGCUGCUUUUUUUGUUGUUUUUGGUCAAACUGGACUUAUGCUUCAGUGAAGCAACUCUCCUGUGUGAUUCCUUUCUGAGCACUAAUGUGCCAAAACACUUAAGAUUUUCCUUUAUUUUGAUAUCAAAAAAAGUCACGCCCAAAGUAGAUAUUGUAUCACACUCUGCCUCAGUAUUUCUCAGUUUCUGUUGUUCCAAAGCUACACUGUUUGCUUUUUAGUGGCCAUCGCCCUGCUGUGAAAGCACCUUAUCAGCUGUUUCAGUCUCUUUCACUUUCCCCCAGAUGGACUGAAUUUGUGUGUUUAGUGACUACGGUGUGCUUGCAUGCAGCCUUUUUUGUGGGACUGGAACUAAAAGAGAAUAUUUCAAAUGAACUGGCCUCUUGUAACCAACAGAAACGGGCACAGGCUGAUUGAAAUCCUGCAUGUAGAUCCGAUAACAUUGGAUACUUUUCUGUCAUUCAAACAAAGUUUUGGUUCACAGUUAAUGUGGCUUUUAAUGCAGCCAAACACCUACAUGAAGUAUAUGUCGCGACUAAGAGAAAAAGGAUUCCUGCAUCAUAGAUUGACAGCUAAUUUUUUUCUUGUUACAAAAGUGUCCUUCAUGGCCGACUGCCAAAUCUAGUAUUUUGAUUUUUCUGUUAUUUGAUAAGUGACAAAAUGAAAUGGAUAUGUGAAAGUAAUCUUUAAAUAUUGGAACGUUUCAAUAAAUAUUCUUAUUCACACGGC